CGUGGAGCCCAGAGGAAGAUAGUACUGAGAUGGGUGUCCCGACCUUGAGCAAGGCGUCCGUCUUCCGCUUCGCGCGGCAGCCGCGCCACCACGGCGUCAAGACGCGCCUGCUCCGGAGUCGCUCCAAGACGCUCAUGCUGGGCGGCCAGAGCACGGCCGAGACGGCGCAGUACGCGUCGUGCAACCCGAAUGGCGACGAGACAUCAUCGAAUAGUCUCAAGCCGCUCAAGCUCAAAGACAUGUCCACCGACGAUCUCUUGCGGCACGCCGAGCAGCUCGAUAUGCACCUCGCCAAGAUCUACAUCGAGAGCCAGAAGACCAAGGCGCUCGCACCGAUCGUGACCAAGUCGAUUGGCCUUCCGCAGCAGCUCUGGGAAGACGCCGGCGUCGCGCCGCCGUACCACAGCGCGGCCGAGUUCCAGGACCUCCGGUACACGGCCGUGCGCACGGCCGACCCGAUCGCGUUCUCGGCCGAUGGCUACAGCCUCCGCGUGCACACGCUCGGAAAAUCCAUCAAGGUCUUCAUCACGGUCACCAUGUACAACGAGCCCGCGUCGCAGCUCCAAGCGACGCUCACGGGCCUCGCCGGUGGCAUCGACUACCUCUGCCACCAGUACGGGUACGACUUUUGGCAAGAAGUCGCUGUCGUCGUCGUCGCCGACGGCCGGUCCAAGACGCACCACAGCGUCCUCCCGUACCUCGAGAGCUUUGGGGCGUUCGAGAAAAAUCUCCUCGCGCAAGCGAUCGCUGCCUCCAAGGACACGCACCUCAUCUUUGCGCUCAAAGAGCACAACGCCGGAAAGCUCCACUCGCACCUUUGGUUCUUCAACGCGUUUUCGGAGCAAGUCGACCCGACGUACACCGCGCUUGUCGACGUCGGCACGGUCCCCGCCGAGUCGUCCGUGUACCGCCUCAUCCGCAGCAUGGAGCGCAAUCCGCAGAUCGGCGGGGUCGCCGGCGAGAUCGCGGUCGAUGAUCCCGACUUCUUCAACCCCGUGAUUGCAGCGCAGCAUUUCGAAUACAAGAUCGCCAACAUCAUGGAUGCGUCAUUGCAGUCGGUCUUUGGCUUCAUCGGCGUCCUCCCCGGUGCCUUCUCCGCGUACCGGUACGAGGCCAUUCGCCCGAUCAACGGUGUCGGCCCGCUCGCCGAGUACUUUAAGAGCCUCACCGCGUCCAAGAAGGAGCUCGGGCUCUGCGUCGGCAACAUGUAUCUGGCCGAAGAUCGCAUCCUGUGCUUCGAGAUCCUCGCGCGUAAAAAUUGCGACUGGACGAUGCACUACGUCAAGGACGCGAUCGCGCACACGGACGUGCCCGAGACGCUCGUGGACUUGAUCAAGCAGCGCCGGCGCUGGCUCAACGGGUCCUUCUUCGCAGGCCUCUUUGCGAUCUGGAACUUUGGCCGCGUCUGGACUCAAAGCGCGCACAGCUUGCCGCGCAAGUGUGCGUUCAGCCUCCAGUUCCUGUACCUUGCCUUCCAAAACGUCAUGAAUUGGUUCCUCCUCAGCAACCUUUUCUUGACGUUUUUCUACAUUCUCUCGCUCGCGCUCUACUACAAGUCGAUCGAAUUGCUCCACGUCGUGCUUGGCACAUACUUUGUGCUCGUCGGGAGUCUCAUCGUCUUUGCCCUCGGCAACAAGCCCGGGCACCGCACGGCCAUCUACUACCGCGUGAGCUCGUACAUCAUGGGCACGAUCAUGCUCUGCGUCACGUGCAUCUCGCUCUACGCGCUCCUUGGAAACGUCCAGUUCGUCGACCCGCGCUCCGACUUGCCGUCGUGCAGCGUCAGCAACUACGAGCUCGAAGCCGGCGCGUUCUUCUCGCUCGGCAUCAUCUUUGUCUGCGCGUUCAUGCACGGCGAGUUUGGCAUCGUGCGCAGCACGGUCCAGUACUUUUUCAUGUUGCCCACCUUUGUCAAUGUGCUGGGGAUCUACGCGUACAGCAACCUCCACGACUUGAGCUGGGGCACGAAGGGCAUCGAGACGAGCGCUGGGCACAACGGCCUGCCCACGAGCAAGUUUGGCAGCGUCAAGGACAUGGUGGCCCUCCAUUUGAACGCGACCAGCACGACGGACGUGGUCUCGGAAGCCGACAAGCGCAAGGGCGUCGUCGCCGCCGAGCACGAGGACGUCGACAAUCGCUUCCGCGUCUUUCGGUCGCUGCUCUUGCUCACGUGGCUCCUCACGAACGGGUGCUGGCUCUACUACGCCACGAGCUUUAUCUCGUGCUCGUGUUACCUCAAGUACCUCAGCUACAUCGUCGCGGUCUUCAACACGUUCCGGUUCCUCGGCGGCCUCCUUUUCCUCUCGUUCCGCAUGGCGCGCGGCGCUCUCCAUUGUUGCCGCCAAGGCGUCAAGAAGACGCGCCCGCUCCGCUGCGGCAACCCGCAAGCGGGCGACGAUUGCUCGCCUGUCUAA